AGUUAUCGCAACAGCUUCGAUAAAUUGACUGUCGCAUUCUCCAUUGCAAAAUCGCAAUCAUGGAGCAACAGACGCAUAAGCCUCACCGUAAAUCAAAAGAGAAGAAGCAGCAUAAUGGCGAUCGCAAUCCUAAAGCCUUCGCUUUCUCGAGGCCCGGCAAGCUUCAACGCACUGCCGCUAGGUCGCACGAUGUCAAAGAAAAGCGGCUACACGUCCCUCUCGUCGACAGACUGCCUGAUGAACCUCCACCUAGACUCGUGACCAUCGUCGGACCGCCCGGCGUUGGGAAGACUACAUUGCUAAAGUCGCUCAUUCGCAGAUACACAAAGGAGACAAUUACGGACCCCCAAGGACCGAUAACAAUAGUCACGUCAAAAAAGCAACGGCUAACCUUCGUCGAAUGCCCGAAUAAACUGGAAGCGAUGGUUGAUUUGGCGAAGGUUGCUGAUAUUGUUUUACUGAUGAUUGAUGGAAACUACGGCUUUGAGAUGGAGACUAUGGAGUUCUUAAAUAUUCUAGCUGCUACGGGUAUGCCUGGAAAUGUCUUUGGCAUCUUGUCACAUCUGGAUCUCUUCAAAAAACCACAAGCUCUCAAGGAUGCCAAAAAGAGAUUGAAACAUAGGUUAUGGAGCGAGUUGUACCAAGGCGCACAUCUAUUUUUCCUCUCUGGAGUUAUCAAUGGGAGGUAUCCGGACCGCGAAGUUCAUAAUUUGUCUCGUUUCCUUUCAGUCAUGAAAAAUCCUCGGCCAUUAAUCUGGAGGAAUUCGCAUCCUUACACGAUUAUCGACAGUUUCCGAGAUAUUACGCAUCCAACCCAGAUAGAGGAGGAUGAGAAAUGCGAUCGGACAAUCGCACUCUCAGGUUAUCUUCGAGGAACAAAUUUCUCAGGCCAUAACCAGCGUAUCCAUAUUCCUGGUCUUGGCGACUUCGCUGUAUCAGGCAUAGAGGCUCUUCCUGAUCCAUGCCCGACGCCCGCUAUGGAACAGGCUCUUGCGAAAGCAACUGGUAAAACGGGCAGAAGGAGAUUAGAUGAAAAGGAAAAGAAAGUCCAUGCUCCUAUGUCAGACCGGAGCGGUCUAAAAAUUGAUGGUGACGCCAUCUGGAUUACCAGGGAGAAGGGUUUUAACUUCGACAAGGAUGCCGAAUAUGUUGAGCGUGGAGAAGGUGAGGAGCUUAUCAUCGGGCUUCAAGGAGAACGACGGCUACUAGGUCAAACAGAGGAUGGCCUACAGCUCUUCCGUGGCGGUGAGAAGAUAACGAGUAUUCCCGAGGAAGAGGAUACCGGAAGGAAAAAUCAACGUACCGUGAGAUUCGCCGAAAGGGACGAGGAUGAAAACGAAAAUGAGGUCCCUGAAGACGAAGGCUUUGUGAGCGCAGAAGAGGAAUUUAACUCCGACGAGGAAGCCGAGUUUAGUGAGAAAAAACUGGGAAAGGUGUUUAAGGAAUCAAACGAGGAUGGCGGAGAAGAAGAUAUCGCAUUUGCCGACAGCGACUCGGACUUAGGCUCUAUAUCAGGUGAUGAGAUAGACGACGACGAUGACGACGAUGAUGAAGAUGAUGGGGAUGAAGAUGACUACGAUGACGAAGAGGCGUCUGCCCUCCGAUGGAAAGAUGACCUAGCUGGAAAGGCACAGAUGCUUCACGGUGGCCGGCCAUCUUACAGGACAGCAGAUCUUGCGCGGCUCAUGUAUGAUGAAGCCUUAACAGCGGACGAAGUUUUACGGAGAUGGAAAGGAGAGGUCGAAGCGGAUGACUCGGAAGAAAAUAUUGAAGAUUCUGAAGAUGAAGAUUUCUUCAGGAAGGCGAAAAACGAUGAGGAUGCAGCAUCGGAAGACCGCGCUAUACCCGUAUACGAUUAUGAGGACCUAGCAACAAAAUGGUCGUUGGACGACAACAUUGAACAACUUCGCCAGCGCUUUACGACGGCUACUUUGGGCGGAGGCGACGAUGAAGACGGGUUUGACGGAUUUGAUGAGGAUGAGGAUGAGGAUGAGGAUGAAGACGAUGAGGGAGACGGCGAAUUUGAAGACCUUGAAACAGGGGAACAGCAUAAGGCUGAACCCGAGCCAGCAGAAAGCCUAGAAGCGGAGCGUGAGAAGAACGCUCGAAGAAAAGAGGAGUUGAAGCUCCGAUUUGAAGAGGAAGAUCGCGAGGGCUUUAAGAAUGAUAAAGCUAAUGCUAGACGCGAAGGUGGUGAAGACGAGGAGUUCGGCGAGGAUGAAUGGUACGAUGCACAAAAGGCACUCAUUCAAAAACAACUUGAUAUCAACAAUGCUGAAUUUGAAGCUUUGGACGAACGGCAAAGAGCCGCAGUCGAAGGCUUCAAAGCUGGAAAAUACGCAAAAAUUGUGGUCGAAAAGGUUCCUGCCGAAUUCGUCACAAACUUCGAUGCACGGAUGCCCCUCAUCGUAGGAGGCGUUCUUGCAACGGAGGAUAGAUUUGGAUUUGUCCAAGUCCGUAUCAAGAGGCAUCGUUGGCACAAGAAGAUCCUCAAAACAAACGACCCUCUUAUAUUUUCUCUUGGGUGGAGGAGAUUUCAGGCGCUCCCGAUUUACAGCAUUUCGGAUUCGCGUACGAGAAAUCGUAUGUUAAAGUAUACACCGGAGCAUAUGCACUGCUUUGGUACGUUCCAUGGUCCUCUCAUCGCGCCGAAUACUGGUUUCGUCUGUUUCCAAUCCUUUUCAUCCGCCAACCCGGGCUUCCGGAUCGCCGCAACGGGAACCGUUUUAGCUGUCGACGAGUCGACCGAGAUUGUCAAGAAACUCAAACUUACCGGAGCGCCAUAUAAAAUCUUUAAGAACACGGCUUUCAUUAAGGACAUGUUUAAUAGUUCGCUCGAGAUCGCCAAAUUUGAAGGCGCAGCAAUCAAGACCGUUUCCGGCAUCCGUGGUCAAAUCAAACGUGCUCUAUCUAAACCCGACGGUCACUUCCGAGCUACCUUCGAAGACAAGAUCCUGAUUAGCGAUCUGGUGUUCCUCCGCGCGUGGUACCCCAUUAAGCCGCACCGCUUCUAUAACCCGGUGACCAACCUCCUGGGAGACUGGCAGCCGAUGCGACUGACGGGCGAAGUCCGACGUGACCAGGGAAUCCCGACGCCGCAGGACCGCAACAGCAAGUACCGACAAAUCGAGCGGGCGACACGGCACUUCAACCCGCUGAAGGUGCCCCGCGCACUAGCGGCGGAACUACCCUUCAAGUCGCAGAUCGUGCAGACGAAGCCGCAGAAGAAGAAGACGUACAUGCAGAAGCGGGCCGUGGUGCUCGGCGGCGAGGAGAAGAAGGCCCGCGACCUGCUCCAGAAGCUAACGACGAUCCGGAAGGACGCGGAGGCGCGCCGCAAGGCCAAGAAGGACGAGAAGCGCGCCGAGUUCAAGAAGAAGAUGGAGGAGAUGGGCGAGAAGAAGGAGGCUAGGGAGAGGAGGGAGAAACAGGAAUUCUGGCGGAAAGAGGGGCGGAAGAGGAAGGGUGGCGUAGAUGACGCUGGGGGAGGGGGGAAGAGACGGAGGUGAUGGAGAGCAGAACGCCUAGCUAGCUUCUAAGUCGAUAGGCUGGGUCUAUGGACCUAUUUUACCUAGCAGCCUGGAUAAGCAUGCGUAUUUUCGGGCAGUAAGGGUUCGUAGUCGAUGAGCUGGGGCUGCAUACUAGGUUAAGAUACAUUUCCCGUGAAUACUUCGCCUCACUGCGAUUUCAUCAACAUGCAG